AUGGUGCAACUAUCAGAGAUGGCCACGGAACCCAUCGCAAUAUCGGUGGUGUCAGGUCGCUAUUUGCUAUACGAUAUCAAUGUUGUAACUUACCUUCGCAGCACGCACAACAUCUGUGGUGUGCUCAUCGGUGGCAUUCCCCAGGCACCUCAACAGAAUGUAUUCCAAGGUCUUCCUCUGGAGCUUCUUCCUGAGGAGGUCAAGCUACUCAUCGAAAAGGGAGCCGCAUACAUUGUGGACGAUGUUGCCUGGCAUAAAGAUCGAUACAGUACAUUGCAAGGCGAGGAUAAAAAGAGGUAUUUGGCGUCCUUGAGAGACGAAGGCCUGCGAAUGAGUCAAGCAGCAGCAGCUGUGUCACGACAAAAGUCGGCCAAAGCUCUCUCGAGGCAAGCAAUGCUGAGAGCAAGCAAGUCGUCUGAGAAGCCUCGCGAAGACGAUUCCUCUAUCCCUGAUGCUACUGAGAUGUCGAGUACCCAGGAUUCUCUUUCUAGUGUUGAUCGUCCUGCGUCCCCGGCGUUCUCUGAUACUUCGUCCAAAGUUUCUUCCUGGGAGAACCCCGCACCGUUCGCCAUGACACCUAGCGUAUCAUACUCCUCCUCGUCCUUGCAAGACACCCUUCCCCCUUCGCCUGAUCCUGUUGUCCCAGCCUCCUACGCUGUUUUUCGCUUCUUGCAUAACAAGAAAUACUUCAUUAUGCCUGGUCUUCGCUUUGGAUGUAACUACAAUGUGUACCCUGGUGAUCCACUACGUUUUCACAGUCAUUUUCUUGCUACCAGUUAUGGAUGGAAUCAAGAGAUUUCUAUGCUUGAUCUGGUGGGUGGGGGAAGAUUGGGUACUGGAGUGAAGAAGGGCUUCCUCAUAGGGGGAGAAGAUGAAGAUGACGAGUCCGAGGAACAUUCAGUCAGAGCAUUUACACUUGAAUGGGCUGGCAUGUGAGUCAGUGCUUGGCUUGGGACCGAACGGCAACAUUGGCAUAAACAGUACAUAGUACAUAGUUUUCAAAAUAAAUAUUUCAAUCUUAUGAAAAUGAAUAGAAGCCUUAUCUUCGUGAUAUCAACCUCCUGUACUUCUGCUGCUCAUGCGUAAUCAUAAUCACGUACGGAGUCAUCCCGUCUUGCUGGAAGGUGACUUCCUGGUCUCAACCUCGGCGCAUUCGGACCGGGCGACGGAUGCUUCGGACGAAACUGACAUAUUCAGGAACCACCAGUUCAGGACUUCUUUAUAAGCCAUUUACAAACGCGUGCACAAGCCGCAAUUCCCGUGGGGUUUGCAGGAAAGUGAACUUCUGAUGUCUGCCAUGGAAUCUUCCUCCUCCUUUUAGCUUUUGACCCCAUACUAUCUCUAUCACGGCCCCGCCAACUCACGCCGCAGAAGUUGGAACGAUCGCCGCCUACCACAAUGGCUGCAGCAUUCGACCACGCAGCCAGGUUUGAUCUUGGUUCUUGGACGGCAAACUGGACUGCCUUCAAUGCCACACAAUAUAUUCCAUCUGCGAAAGACCUCGCGCUGGCCGGUCCGCGGAUGUUUAUGAAACUAGGCUCCCUUCUUCCUGUCCCAGAAGCAGUCGAUAACAUAUUUGGAGCACGAUUAGGUCAGAGACUUAUACCAGAAGCUACCGGGGCUACUACUGGCAUAGUGGAGGCAAUCACGACGGCCUCAGCGUCUGCGAGAGAAGUGGCACAAGCGGCGACCGAGAUAGUGGUGGAAGUUGACGAGGAAACAAUUGGCCUGGCCUCGAGGUUCUCAAUGGAGGGCGCGAGGAGUUUGGGGAAUGUCUUUGGAUACAUCACCAGUAAAUGGGCCAUACUUUGUUUCUUUAUCGCCCUCGUUCUAAAUCGAUCCGGGAUAUAUGCGUCGACGCGACGGAAUCUAUUACUUCCAUGGAAGAUCCGUCUUCUAGUGAGAAUCGUUCCCAUGAUCCUGCUGGCCACGCAAGCUCUCACUUUACUUCGAUCCAUAAAAUGCCAGACGUCUCCGGAAUUCUCCAUGCUUCGUUGGGGGAAUGCCUCAAAGCAUUCGGAUUUGAUGUUUACCCAAAAUGGAGGCUUCUUACACACCAUGAGCUCAACACUCUUAUUCGGAGAGACGGAUGAGAGUUCCUGUUUGGCUGUGAAUAUGAUACCACCGGACUAUGAAGAGCCCGAAGAAAAGUCCAAGUCAGUUGUGGAAAGGCCCCGUGUUGUUUUGACGGGCUCCCUAUCUCAUUUAUGGCCUCUAUUCCAAACGUUUUGCUUAAGCCAAGUUGUGGAAACUAUUUCUUGUGCGGUCCAAGGACGUCUAGUAGCUGCCGAAACGGGAAUGACCAUUUUCGAACACUCUUUGGCUUUUGCAGAGGCAGAUGCUGCGAUUGGGAAUCAGUUGGGAUUCGGUUCUUUUGGGGGAACCAAGAUGGCGAAAGCCUGGACAAAUUCCACUUCGACAUCAGGCAACGAAGUACAGGAGAUAGCAAUUACCCGGAAGAUGAUCAUGCAGCGAGUCAACACUGCCGCAGAAGUGCUGCUGGUUGGGUUCCUCUCAAGUAUGAAUCACCUUACUAGUCACGUACUUGCGAUUUUCAACAUGCAAGGGAGAAUGCGACUCCUCAAUACUGGAUUUUGGGGCAUGGCUUUUAUGUCGGCUAUCGCAUGGAGCCUAUGGACUUUUUCCAUGGAUGAUCUAUCAAAUCAGACCCUACUGAGGUUUCCAACUGUCUGUAUUGUGGGGUUUAUUCCUCACGUCGCAGUACUAUGUGGUAUUAUUUGCUGCAUGGGAAUUUACGGGAUUGCAUUAGUUCUGUCAGCACUCGCUCCACCCUCCAACGACCGAAAUGCACAGGACUCUGACGAUGUCAUUCCUCAUGAAAGGUCUUUUCUCCGCAGGAUGAAAGAUGCUCACGAAAACAUGCAAGCAAAUGUUCCUCUAUCCAGUAUAAGACUUUCGAUGCACAUGGACUUUUAUACGGCUCUGUUGAAAACAGGAUUCAGUAUAAUGACGAUGGCGGCUGAAGCUGUUUAUCUCAAUGAAAGCCGUGUUGUAAAUGUGAAGGAAAGGACUUGGUUAGAGGAUGAACGAUUAAACGAAAUCGAGGCUGUCGGUGCCCAGUGGCUGGGUCCUAAUUUCAGACUUCGCGAUCCAGACCCAAGUAUGGGUGGCGGAAAUUUUUCAGAUAAUGUUGGUCUAGUGGCUGUCAAAGAUCAACCUGUUGAAAUGUUACGAAACUCUUCAAGUGGUUACGCGAGGGAAAUGACGGCUCAGAAAAAAACCGGUAUCAAGGGGCAUGACCGAACGAUGAGAGAUGGUGUCGGGGCCACAGAGCGGAGUGGAAGAUGGAUAAUGGCCCUGGAGUUUUUCAUGGGUAUCAACAGACUGCUAUUCAGUUGGUGGGCUUCGUUGGUUUUGAGGGGUAUGGCCCGAGUUGGAAUUCAAGCUCGUCCACGUUUCCUCGUGUGGCUCACUCAAAGACCAAAGAAUGGUGCUGGGAAGGAAAAGGGUGCUGAUCGCAAAGGUCCCGAAUCUUUGAAUUUCUGGCUCCUCAAUAUGGAUGGCGAGUUGACGUUGCCGAAAGAUGAUCAUAUUGAUGUUGAGGCAGAGGUAAGAAACCGGCUUCGAAACAAUCAAGGAUAUUGGGAUGAGACCCAAGAAGACAACCUAGGUUCACAUCUUUACAAAUGGUGGCUCAAUGGAGGCUGGUGGGGAGCCGAUGAUAGUAGUGGAGAUUUCGAAGAAAAUGUAAACGAAGAUGACGAUGACGAUACCACAAGUGUCGUCUCCGUUUCUACCACAGGAGAUGAAAAUGAAUGGGAAUUGGACCGGGAUUCAGACGAUGAUGGUCGUAGAACACCAACCCAGAAAUCUCACGGAUACCCCUCUUUUUCCCGCGAAUCCACCCCUCUCACAGACACGCCCCUCAACCCAACCGACCUCGCUCAACUCCUCAACCCCCAAAAUCCCGAACAACGCGCUGAAGCAACCGCCCUCGCCGCUCACCUCUCGAGUCCCAACAUCGUCACGCGCUCCCGCUUCAAGACCAUCAUCCAGCGCGAACGUGCAAAAGUCCUCAUGACCACCUUGCACCGUCCUGCACACCUCUCUCACGCCCCGGGCACUAAACUCACACCUGCGGAAGAGGAACAACUUCUCGAGCACAUCGUCAUCACCGCUCGCUCGACAUCCAGACAAGGCGAUAGAGGGAAUAGUUGGGCGAGAGGCGCCUCGGGCAUGGGCGAGAGUGGGCCGCAGUGUGUCGUCUGUCAGACGAAUCCGAGGAGUGUUAUUGUGUGGCCGUGCAGGUGUCUCAGUCUUUGUGAUGACUGUCGGGUCACGCUGGCGAUGAAUAAUUUCGAUAAGUGUGUUUGCUGUCGAAGGGAUGUGGCGAGCUUCAGCAGGAUUUUCGUUCCUUAG